AUGGAGCAAACAGACCUAUAUCAGUUGUUCAACACAACAUGGACCAUCCACCGCCUCUCACCUCUCCACCACAGCAAAGAUUGUGAGACUCUCCUCAACAACCAAGUCGCUUUGAAGACAUACGCAACGCGUCUUCGAGACCAUCUGACAGGCGACGUUCUCUCCGGAGUCCAAGCCGAUACUGGCGCAGACGAAAACGCGCUUUCAAAAACAGGCGCUUUGAAAGACUGUCUCUGGCAGCCGAUUUCUCCAUCACGCGAAGCAUCGGUAUCCCAGAACGCAUUGUCCGGCAUUCUGGUGACACUGGAGUAUGAAAAUAUUGUCUACAAAGCAGCACUCCUUACGGACUCGUCCAAUGACCGCAAGGGCUCUACGGCGCUCCCUCUUCUCCUGACGAGAUUCCCAACAGUGCUGCGGCAAACGUUUCUCGCAUUUUUGUCUGCAAACUUUGAUACUUACAUCUCCUCGCUCCGACUGCCUUCAAAUUUCCUCUGUGCCGGGCUUCAGGCGUACAUCGGCUCGUUGCAAAGUGCUAAGAUCGUCGAUGCCAUCAGGGAGCUCCAUCUCACACUUUCAUUUUCAUCGUCCAUUGCACCGGAUUUGCGAUCACUAAAUGUGAAUAUAUCACGAACGGCACUGGGUGAUCUCCUUCGUGCAAAGGCGUCGAACAGAGGUCAAAGUCUGGAGCAGAAGCUGCGCAGCCCUUUGAUUGACAACCUGACUGCAUAUCUGGAGGAGCACCUUGCUAUGAAGCUUGAAUUGGACGGGUCAGAUGAUUCGAAACACCAUGUGCGACUGUCGAAAGUUGUUUGUGCUCCUUUUGUCCUUGGUGGGGAGGGUCGUGUGAAGCUAGUUGUGGCUGAUAAAGAUGACGACGAAACACAAUCGGCCUUGGAGGCUGGUAUGAAACUACUGGGGUUGGUGGUGAACAGAGCAGUGGUCGGAGAUCGCUCAACAACAUGA